UGACGUUAUCAAGACACGCGUAUGUGUUAGUGUAUGAUUGCAGUAUAUUGUAUGUUGUGUGUUUCAGUAUUCGACUCAAGAUUCAACUGACGAUAUAAAUUGACAUUUUUCAUGUUUUUAUAAACAUCAGCGGGGAAAAUCCUAAAUAUGAGCUUUCUGGCUGCCGUGUUGGCCUCCGCAGGCGAGGUAGAAAUGACGGACUUGGACAAAAAUGUAUCGGAACUUAAACACAAAAUCACAAACCUUGAAUACGACAUCAAAGAAGCGAUGGAACAGCGUUACAUGAAGUUUGCAGUGGUAUCUAGGGACGCUGCAUCGUUAUUAGAUACAGCACAGUCAUAUUCGAAUCAAAUUAACAACUUAAUAUCUCGCAUCGACAAUCAGACUAAGCGAGAAGUCGUUGAUGCAAUGUCUGAUUUGAAAAUGUUCAAAUCUACUUUGGAAGAAAAUAAAAACAGCUUGAUUAUUAUAGAACAAGUCUUGGAAGCAAGCAUGAAUCUAACAAGUGACAGUCAAACUAAACUGUCAUUAGCUGAUAGGAUAAAAAAUUUGCAAACUGCUCAAGACAUUUUAUUAAACAAUGAACAUUUAACGAAAUUAGACGUGUACAAACCGUUAAUGCGAGAGCACCAAAGACUAACAGAUGUCUUACACUCAAAUUGUAUAGCAGCCUGGAGAAAAAAAAUAGAAUGGUCGGAGAAUGAUUCGGAUAGCCAAGACUCUUGGAGGGUGAUUUUAAAAAUAUCUGGUAGUCAGGAGGAUAUUUGUGAUACUAUAUUAGCAUUGCAACAUUUUGACAGUCUUAAUAUUGAAGUCAAACAAUUUGCAGAUAAGCUAAUAAAUUUAAUUGUAAAACCAAUUAUUAUUCAAAACUUACAAGUUGAUGUGGUAAAAUUUGUGAAUGUCUCAACUAUGACUCUUAAAGUUUCCAAUAAUGAAGAUGAAUUUCUGUCAGCAAUAAUAAAGAAACUCAAGAAUGUAUUUGAAUUUUUAAGUUCCACUCUUCCUGCAGACAUUAAUGAAAUACAAAUUAUGUCUUAUUUAGGAUCCUAUGCAAGUCAGCAAUUUUGUAAACAUUUUAAAGACAUAGUAAUAUUUAAUGCCAUACCAGUGAAAUAUCACAAUCUUAAUAAUUUUAGAGAAGAUCUGAAUGAAGUUCUUGAAUUCAACAAAUAUUUAAGUGAAUUAGGAUUUUUUGAAGAAUCAAAUGAUGAAUUGAUAAAAUAUGUUGAAAAUAUUGAUAAUUUAUUUUUCACAAAAAUUAGUCAAUUAUACUAUGAUAGAGCAAGAACUAUCAUAAAGAAAGAUUUACACGAUUUAGUUGAAGUGAACAAUGAAAACAGAUGGUCUCCCGAUGAAGACGUUGUAGAUGAUAACGGGUUUUGUCAAAAAAUUUUUGCUUAUCCACAAAGCAAAGUGAGUAAAUCAUUAUUGGAAUUUCUUGAUCUUAUUGAUACCGUAGCCUCAGAAAUGUCUAGCAUACCAGAAAAUAGUACUUGGAGAUAUCAUGAUAUUUUAAACAAUAUAACAAUUAUGUAUUGUGAUGUAAUACCGCUUCAGCAUUGCAAAGUGCUAGAAUUUCAUCCCCAGCAAUCUGCUGUUCUUUACAAUAACAUUAUGUAUUUCACUCGGAAAUUAGCUGAAUUAAGUCCAACCUAUAAAAACUUACUUAUUGUGCAUUUACUUGAAAAAUUAAAAAAUUUAGCUAGUGAAAUACUCCAUUCUCAAUGUAAACAGCAAAUUACACAAAUUGAAAAAAUUGUUAAUCAAUCUGACAUAAUUUCGAUGGCUGUAAACUCAAAUUUAGGCUAUUCUGUUGAAAAAAGUAUGUCACAAUGUUAUGAUCUUUUAUCAAUUUUAAGUGGUUUGUGGAGAGAUAUUUUACCAUCAACUGUAUAUUGUAAAUUUAUAGGUUAUUCGUGUAACGGUUUAUUUGAGUGUCUUGUUAAUAAGCUAUUCACAUUAGAAGAUAUAUCUGCUACCUCAGCUGAACAAUACUCAUCUAUUUUCAACAAAAUCGUCAAAGAUAUUCCAACCUUAUUUCCGGUAUUUCAAGAACCCAAAGAAGUUCAUAGAUACGUUCCUAAAUGGUGGCAGUUAAAUGAAUUAGUAUAUAUAUUGAGUUCCAGCAUGAAAGAUAUUGAGAACCGUUGGGCAGAUGGAAAAGGUCCAUUAGCUAAUGAAUUAAAAGUUGAUCAAAUAAAAUGUUUACUGAAAGCUCUAUUUCAAAAUACUGAUAGAAGAGCAGCUUUACUUAAACACAUUUUAGCUACUGCACAAUCAUAGUGAACUAAAAAUAAUGAUAUUUAUGGGUCUUUGCCAAUUUUAUUUGAAUAUAAUAGAAUUAUGAAAAAAAAUUUUAUUAAAUGUUACAUUUAUAACUUUAAACUUAAAGCUAUUGUUGUAGAAAUUAAUUUUUUUUUUAAAUAUUCGAAUUAUUUAUUCUUAUACAUUGUACAUAACUUAAUAAAACAAAGCAAAAUUUUAUUCUUAUAAAUUUGAAAUGUAUUAUCAAUUAUAAUUCAUAAUAAUAUAAUUAUUAUUCUAUAAUUUAAAAACCUGGGCUCUGAAUGUUCUGAUUAACAACAAAAAUAUCAUUCAAUGUUAUUAAGAAUAACUAUUAUAAUAUAGUAUUCUAUAAAUGAAUAAGUUUUUCCUUGUUGUAAACAUUUCAGAAAAAAUAAAAUGUAUUUUAUGAUGACCAACUUAACUUACUGUACAGGUUUAAAAUAUUUGUGAUUUUUUUUUUUUUUGUAAUUAAAUAUACUAAUAAUAUAUUAAAUAUUUUAAAUAUUUAUACACUAAGAUAAUAAUUUAUUUGUAUUUAUCAUUACAUAAUUUACAUCUUUUGCAUUUAAAAAUCAUUUAAACUGAAGAACAAAAACGUGUAUAAAAUUAUUACUACAAACAUACAUUGCAAAUCAAAAUCCAUGAAUUAAUUUCCAUAUUUUUCUAAAAAGAUAAGUAUGUUUUAUGUCAAUGAUUAUUUUAUGCUUAUAAUAAUUAAUUGUUUAAAAGAUGUUAUGAAUGAGCAGCAUUGAGUUCUAUGGAUUUCUUGCUUUCAUUUGAUUUGGUAGAUGACCAAAUAGUGAAUCCACUAAUAGAUGGAAUUAAAAAACCAGUGGUAGAUGAAAAAUAUUCAAAAGAAAUAUUUGUAUCUAUAUCAUUUUUACAUUAUAAAUGUUUGUGGUGAAUAUAUAAAUACAUACAUAUUGGAUUUAUACAAAAAUAUA